AUGAUGAAAAUGAUAUACGUGAUGAUGAAAAAAAAAACAAAAACUAUUAAUAACCAAGAAGAAGAUUUUGACCUUUUUGUAUUAAUUAAUUUCGAUCCCUUUGAUCGAAAACAAAAUGUAAUUGAUUGGAUUGAUAUAACUGAAGAAAAAUUUAAACAGUACAAGUUUAAUUAUCAUUAUCGUCACAAAGCUGUGCCUUUAUUAGUUUCACAUAACGCAAAAAGAUGGUAUAUUCGUCUCAGACAUAACAUUUCUUCAUUUGAUGACUUUUAUGAAUUAUUGUUACAAGAAUAUGAUAAAUCUUCUAUGUCCACACUCAUACCAAGAACACAUCAAACCGAAAAGCUUGAAGGAAAAAGAAAACCUCCCCGCAGCGCAUCCUUAGACCGAUCAACGUUGCGUCCAGCGACUAGUAAUAUAAAUGAAACUUUUAAACAUCAUCAACCACUAUAUCGUAGUACAACCUAUUUUGGAGGAAAAGAGGGUGUGUAUAAAUGGCUGGAAGAUUUAGAAUCACAGUUUGAUACAGCUGAUAUACCAGAUAAUAAUAAAUUCAGUAUUAUAUCCUAUCAAUUAAAAGGUGAAGCAUUAUCAUGA